UGUUGUUUAAUCUAUGUUGUAAUAUUUAUCGUACAACUUUUUCAUAUUAAUGGAGGAAUGAAAGACAGCAUGUUUGUCUUUCAGCCUCCCUUCCACCUAUUCUACCUAUACUCCACCUGUACACUGUCUACCUUUACAUUCCUCUGUUCUCACUGCUACUGCUCAAGUGUAGGCAGGACUCUUGGUUCCAAAUGAUAGGAAUACAGCUUAAACUAUCCUGAAUAGUAAACGGGAGUUUUUGGUGCCUACAGGUGGAAAAGAUGUCGAGAUAACAUACAGAGUUGAAGAAAGGUCUGCAGGAACCAAGGCCUUGGGGAUUACAGAACAGGGUAUCACUCCAUUAGAACCCACUCUCAUCUCUGCUUGGCUUCAUUCUAUUUUAUUGCAAUCAGGCUUUUGCCAAAAGAUCAAAGAUGUCUGUCUGCAGCCCUCCAGUCUCAUGUUCUUCUGGUACCAUGACCUCAGGAGACAAGACCACUUCUCCUCCUAAAUUGGGAGAUUAAUUUGGAUCAAUCAUUGUGCCCAGAGAAAGGAGUCUAUUGCAUCUGCAGACAUGGAUUUCAACCAGCUGGAAGCAUUCUUGACUGCUCAAACCAAAAAGCAAGGCGGGAUCACAUCUGACCAAGCUGCUGUCAUUUCCAAAUUCUGGAAGAGCCAUAAGACAAAAAUCCGAGAGAGCCUCAUGAACCAGAGCCGCUGGGACAGUGGGCUUCGGGGCUUGAGCUGGAGAGUUGAUGGCAAAUCGCAGUCAAGACACUCAGCUCAAAUGCAUACUCCUGUUGCCAUAAUGGAGCUGGAAAUAGGGAAAAGUGGACAGCCAUCAAUACUUUCAAGCCCCUUCAGUUCUGAAGUGUCCUGUGUUGUCUGUCUAUACCAUGAAGUGGGAGAGGUUGGGAAGCAUUGCUUUAUUGGAUUACAAGCAGAGUCUAAGAUUCUGGACUUCAGCAAGAGGUCUUCUACAUGGAAUCUGAAUUUCUGUGUUUGGAGUUUGAUGAGGUCAAGGUCACCGAAGUCCUGAAGAAGCUCUCGGAGGUAGAAGAAAGUAUCAGCACACUGAUGCAGCCAGCCUAGCUGAAGAUGGAGCUGUUGAAGCAAAGGUGUUCAUGAUCCCUCCCCAGGGACAUGCUUUUUAAAAAAAUCUUAUUCCCCCAAUAGUAUUAAAUCCUCAAGUUCAAAUCUUGCCUGCCUCAG